GAGGCGGAGGGAAGGGAAGGGAAGGGAAAAGAAGGGAAGGGAAGAUCGGGACGGAUCCCGUUUCAUUCCCCCAAGGGCGCGGGGGGUUGGUGGGGAGAGGGAGGGCUUCGCGGAGCGGGUAGGGACCCCGGGAGCCAAUCAGCCGGGGGUCGGGGGGCAAGGGGAGCCCGGGAUGGAGGAUUUAAGGCGGGGGACGGAGCUUGUCGCCGAAACCCGGUGAAGGGCGAGCUCGGAAAAUCAUCCCCACGAGGGGAGGGAGCCGGACGGACCUCCCCACACACCCCCGUCCUCGGGAUCUGUUGAGGGGAAGGAAAAAGAAAAGGACUGCGGGGCAAAGGGAGGGUCCUGAGGGGAUGCAUUCAGAAGCGGGGAGGAUUUGUGAAGCGAAGCAGAAGGGGGAGAGUCCCUGAGGACCGGGGAGAGGGGACGGUUUUGAGGGGAUCCGAGGCGGGGCUGUAGAAGAGGGGUCUAGGAGAGAGGAGGUCUCUGAAGGAAUCUCCGAAGGCCGCAGCCAGGGGCUGAGCCUGGGACCCCCCCUCCCCGCCCCCACAACCUCAGGGCACCCUGAAGUCGCCGCCACCCCCAUGGACUGGCCCCAAGACUCCAGCCCUCCUCUCGGGGCCCCUUCCCUGUGCCGAGAGCCACUGGUCCGGUCCCCAUGGGAAACCGGUUCCCCGAAGAGGCGGCGGCUGCAGCCGGACAACCCCGGGCUGGCGCAGAGGACCGGGGGGCAACCCUCGCCUCUGGAGAAGGCCUCCCAGCGGGUCCUGGCCGUGGUGCUAGAGGACGUGUCGGUCCCCCACACGUCCAAAGGGCCGCCCCCGGAGGCGGCCCUGACCCCCCGGCGCCGCAGCGGCCGCCUGGAGUCCGACCGCCCGGAGUCCGGCCGCCCUCGGCCCCCCGACACCCAGACCGGCUCUUCCCCUUGGGAUCCUUUAACCAGCCCCCCCGAUGGGCACUCCCUCUGCCGGGAGCCGCUGUACCGAACCCCAAGGGGCGGUAGGACACCGAGAAGGCGGCGGAGACAGCUGCAGCUGGGGAGCCCCGGCCCCGGGGCGGACAGGGGCCCUUCCCCCUUGGAGAAGGCCUCCCGCCAGGUCCUGGCCGUGGUCCUGGAGGACAUCGCGACGCUCCGCCCCACAGCCGAGACCCAGGAGCUAUUUACCCUCCGGAAGGAGCCAGCGGAUUUGGGCCGCCCAACCUGUAGCAGAGUCGAUCUCCUCUCGACUCCCCACCCAUCGGUACCUUCCUCUCGGGCCCCGGCUGGAGCGUUCCUGGCGGCCUCUUCCGGGGAGCGUUCAGAUUGUAGUCCGCCAGGCCCUGGGUCAGAGUCCCCGUCCCCACCGCCCGCCAGCCUCCUGCGGCCCCGCCUGGGCCCCUGGGGCUUGGCCCCGCUCUUCCGCUCCGUCCGCUCCAAGCUGGAGAGUUUUGCCGACAUCUUCCUCACCCCCGUGAAGACCUCCCCGGCCCCCAGCGCUCCCGCUCCCCCGGCGGCGUCCCCGCCCCCGGCCGCCCCCGUGAAGCUGGAGCUGAAGAUCGCCAUCUCGGAGGCCGGGAGGGGCGAGGAGCCCGGAGGCUCUUCGGUGAGUCCCCGGCCUUCCAUCCGCCAGUGGCGGACGCGGGACCCCGGGGUCCCCGCGGCUCCCCGGCCCCCGUUGGGACGCAGCCGCUCCUGCCCGGACCUGGGGGCUCCGGGGGGGGAAGGGGACGCCUGGCCGGCCUCCCCGCCCCGGCCCGUCGGGCCCCGGCCCCGGCGGCACACGGUCGGGGGUGGGGAGCUCGCCCGGGCGCCCCCGGCCUCCCGGCCCUGUCUCCGCAAAGAAGUCUUUCCCCUCGGGGGACCGGGCUCCGCUCCCACUAUCACCGCUGCCGUCUGCGCCUGCGUUCCUUCCGCCGCUUCCACCACCUCCUCCUUCCCCGACCCGCCUCAACCCAGGGCUGGCUCCCCGCAGGGGGAGGAACACCCGACCCCAGAGGACAUGGGGCUCUCCGACUCCGAGACCAAGGCUAUGGGGAAGGUCUCCCGGUUCCGGAUCCGGCGGACCCUGGCCCGGGCUCAGCCGAGCCUCACCCCAAUGGGGUUACCCCGACCGGUCAGGUUGAACAAGAAGGAGUUCAGCCUGGAGGAGAUUUACACCAACAAGAAUUACCGGUCCCCCACAGCCAAACGGUCCUUCGAGACGAUCUUUGAGGAGCCUCGAGAACGGAACGGAUCGCUGGUGUUCACGAGCUCCCGGAAGCUGCGGAGGGCAGUGGAGUUCCGAGACAGCAGCCUCCCCCGACCCCGCCGGCCUUCCCGGGGGGUCCGCCCCGCCCCGGGCCGGGGCCCCACCUCCCCUCCGGCCCCCGGACUCGAUCUGGAAUCCUUGCUGCAGCAGCGGCUGAAAGAGCUGGACGACUUGCUGCUGCGAGAGGAUGGGGAUGCCGUCCAGGGCUGAACGCCACCGUCCACCCUCCCGGUCUUCGGGAGGACCGCCGCCGCCGUCCGCCCUCCCCGCGUCCAGGAGGACAAAACGCCACCGUCGGCACUCCCGGUCCCCGGAAGGCGAACGCCACCGUCCACCCCCCCGGUCUCCGGGAGGACAACGCCACCGUCCGCACUCCCGGUCUCUGGAAGUCAGGCGCCACCGUCCGCCCUCCGGGCCUCCGGGAGGACAAACGCCACCGUCCGCGGUCUCCGGAAGACGGACGCCACCGACCACCCUCCCGGUCUCCGGGGGAACGGAAACCACUCUCUCCCCUCCCACUCUCCGGGAAGACUGGGAGGACGGAUGCCGCCGUCCACCCAGCCUCCGGGAGGACGACGGCUAGCGUCCAGCCUCCCGGAGGACCGCCGCCGCCGUCCACCCUCCCAGUCCCCCGGAAGGAAACCCCCUCCCUCCCCCUCCGCCCCCCACGCAGCCCAAGGCCAGUGGGGUAUCAUUUUCUGAUUCUCUAUAUUUCUAAUAAAGUUUUGGAUAUGCUUCUCGUC